AUGGCCGAUCGAAAUGCACCAAAUGGGGAAUACGAUGAAGCAUGGGCAAAAGAUUUAAGACAACAAUUCGAAGGGUUAUUAAGGACGAAACGAUUAAAUGAAUUGGAUAAAUCGAGGUCAAGAAAUGCAUCGCCAUCACCAAGAGAAAGAUCAUCAUCAUCCAAUUUACGAGCGCCUUCUUCACAACAACAACAACAACAACAACAAUCUCCAAACUUUCGUCCAACUUCUUCAUCAAAUAAUUCAAACCCUUCAACACCUCCUUCGUAUUCGUCCGUAAGAAAUUUACCAAAGAUUCCAUCACCACCGGCAGAUGUACAAUCACAAAAGUUUCGAAAUCUAUUAAUUUCCAUCUCACAAACUCCUACGAAAUAUGAAAACCCCGGUUUGUUGGAUGAAGCUCUACAACAUUUACCAUUAGAUAGGAUAUAUGGAGAGGCAGAAGAGGAAAGUCAAAUAUUACAAGCUGAAGCCGAAAGUAUGGGAGAUGGAAGGAAGCCCGAAUGGGGUUAUCAAGAUUGUGUGAUUAGAGCUCUAUUGAGGUAUGUUUGUUCUGCUGUCUUGGAUUUGCGCUUGGCUUCCCGUCAUCGCUCUGCCGCUUUGCUCUACAUUCCCGAUGUAACUGGUCCUAACCUCUUAUCAGAUGGUUUUAAACGUUCAUUCUUUUCAUGGGUCAACAAUCCACCAUGUCAAGUAUGCAUGUCACCUACAGUAGCCCAAGGCAUGACACCACCUACACCCGACGAAUCAGCAUGCGGAGCAACAAAAGUCGAAUUGUAUCGUUGUUCAGCCGGAGAUUGUAGAGCAUAUGAAAGAUUCCCCCGAUAUAGUGACGUAUGGCAAUUAUUACAAACGCGCAAAGGAAGAGUAGGAGAAUGGGCCAAUUGUUUCAGCAUGCUGUGUCGCGCAGUAGGAGGUCGUGUAAGGUGGGUUUGGAAUGUCGAAGAUCAUGUCUGGACGGAAGUUUAUUCGGAUACGAAAAAGAGAUGGAUUCAUGUUGACGCUUGUGAAGAAGCUUGGGAUAAUCCGAGAUUAUAUGCUGAAGGUUGGGGUAAGAAAAUGUCUUACUGUAUUGCCUUUUCGACGGAUGGUGCGACCGAUGUUACUAGAAGAUAUGUUCGAAAAGCGGAUCAUGCUCUCCCAAGAAACAAAUGCCCAGAGGAAGUUAUGCUAUACAUCCAAAACGAAAUUCGAGGUCUUCGAAGAUCAAAUAUGAAUAAGGAUGAGAGGUUUCGAUUGGAAAAGGAAGAUGCGAGAGAAGACAAAGAACUGAGAGGUUAUGUUGUGGCAUCCAUUGCACAAUCUGUUGUAUCGGGAUUGAGACCAGAUGGAUCUUCAAAUCAACACAUGGCAACUCCACCACCUCCACCUCAGAGACAAGAAGAUCAGAAAUUACCGGCUGAACAACCUGGUAGACAAAGUGGUGCUCAAGAAUGGGCUAAUGCUAGAGGUGAAGCUGGAAGAAGAAGUCAACACCCAAGGGAUCCUUCACAGCAUGGACCUUGA